GGUCUUCAAGCUUAUUAAGAAAUCUCUCAAAAUUUCUAAAGACAAUGGUUUAGAAAUUGUUCUUAAUGUAAGACAAAACAUAAAUUUUUCAGUUAAUAUAGUCGAGUUUUCGUCAUUUACGGCUACUACUCGUAACUUAAUGGAAUAUGGCCCAAAUAAUAUUGUCAUCGUUUUUUAA